CCAAUUGUGAUCUUACACUCCUUAUCCGCUUCACUAAGAAGAAAAUUGGCAUCGAUCGAGUGAUAGAGGAAAGAAGAAGAAGAAGAAAAUGCCGUGUCUCAACCUCUCCACCAACGUUAACCUUGACGGCGUUGAUACAUCUUCCAUUCUCUCGGAAGCUUCCGCCACCGUCGCCAAAAUCAUCGGCAAGCCUGAGAACUAUGUGAUGAUUGUCUUGAAAGGCUCUCUGCCUAUGUCAUUUGGCGGCACCGAGGAUCCUGCAGCUUAUGGUGAAUUAGUCUCUAUUGGUGGCCUUAAUGCGGAUGUGAACAAGAAGCUAAGCGCUGCCGUUUCUGCUAUUCUUGAGACUAAGCUAUCUGUGCCCAAGUCUCGAUUCUUCCUCAAGUUUUAUGACACCAAGGACCAUCAGAGUCAAGAAUAUGCACAGUGUUUACACGCUUUACACCAGCACUACUAGGUCAUGAAUAGGGAACAAAUACAUCUUUUGUGGAUCCUUCUUUGGUUGGAACGGGGCGACUUUUUAAUUCCGUGGACUGUGGCAGCUGAGAGAUUAGUGUGAUUGUUUUGAAAUGUAUGAACAUAUUCUAGCUUCAGUGAUCUACUCUCAUCGAUCAAGUAACUCUGAACUAUUUCGUAUUGUAAACAUGUCUAAGGUUUGAUGGAGUUGCGUUAAGAAAUAACAUUUAUGCUAUAUAUGAUUCUACGACUUAA